GCGAGGUCGGGGACGCAGCGGUCUCCGGGCUCCAGAAGCCUCCUUAGCCUUUUGUGGUAACUUCGGUCCGGCGGCGGGGGGCCGGUGGGCAGGAACUGGAGGGAGGCGGUGGGGAAACCGUGGAUCAGUCCGGCUGAGGGUGCGUGGAUCAGACUGGGCUGAGCAGGCAAGUCAUCGUCGGGUCACAGCGAGGCGACCCAGGAGCGAACUUCCAGGGCAGCCUCCCUUUUGUUGGCGCUGGGAGAGAAUGUGGGCAUGGGGGUGGGGAGGCGCGAAGCUCCGAGGCCGGGUCGCGGAUACUUUAAAGCUCAGAACUGGGAGGGCCCAAAGGAAGGGGCGGCGUCCACAUGGUUACCCUUCUGCUGCGCGGGUCAAGUAGCUUCUUCUGGAGGGCGCAAGGCGCGGCGGGGGUGAUGAGCCCUUGGGUUCUCGCUCCGACUGCUAAAUUCGCUUGGCCGGGUCCACCUUCUCGUGGCCUCACUCGCUACACGGAUCAGAAUCCGGAGCAGGCAAUUCUCUCUAUUCUGCGGCUCUUGCGGCUGCCGCGCUGACUUCCCUGUGUGCGGAAGGGAACUCUGGGCAGGCUGGUUUUCUUGGAAUGUGUUUACGAUGUUGAAUGGGACUUGAACAGGAAGCUGGACGCUGCAGCUGGAACUAGCGUGCCAAGUUAUUUAUGAUUCCAUCUGAUAUACAUAGGAGAGAAACUGAUAGAAGAAUUCUGAUGGCAACUGUAUGAUAGAAGCUAUAUAAAGUCGUGUCCAUUUUCUUUCAACUAUAUUUGAGCAUACCCAGUAGAGACGGGGUUUCACCGUGUUAACCAGGAUGGUCUCGAUCUCCUGACCUCGUGAUCCACCUGCCUUGGCCUCCCAAAGUGCUGAGAUUACAGGAUAUAAGGCGUGGAACUGAACAUUUAUUUGGCUGAUCCUCAUCAUGAACCGUGCUUUUAGCAGGAAGAAAGACAAAACAUGGAUGCAUACACCUGAAGCUUUAUCAAAACAUUUCAUUCCCUAUAAUGCAAAGAGAACGUAGGAGAAAUGAGAAUGAAGAGGAAAGGAUUGUUAAGAGAAGUAAAAUGUGGCAGAAAACACCAAGGUUUUGGAAAUAAUUUAGAUGUGAACACAGAAAUUGAUGCUAUCAAUGGAUUAUGUGGUUGCUUUUCAAAUAUUGAUUAGGAAAAUGUUUCUUGGCAGUACAGAAGUGGAACAGCCAAAAGGAACAGAAGUUGUGAGAGAUGCUGUAAGGAAACUAAAGUUUGCAAGACAUAUCAAGAAAUCUGAAGGCCAGAAAAUUCCUAAAGUGGAGUUGCAAAUAUCAAUUUAUGGAGUAAAAAUUCUAGAACCCAAAACAAAGGAAGUUCAACACAAUUGCCAGCUUCAUAGAAUAUCUUUUUGUGCAGAUGAUAAAACUGACAAGAGGAUAUUCACUUUCAUAUGCAAAGAUUCUGAGUCAAAUAAACAUUUGUGCUAUGUAUUUGACAGCGAAAAGUGUGCUGAAGAGAUCACUUUAACAAUUGGCCAAGCAUUUGACCUGGCAUACAGGAAAUUUCUAGAAUCAGGAGGAAAAGAUGUUGAAACAAGAAAACAGAUCGCAGGGUUACAAAAAAGAAUCCAAGACUUAGAAACAGAAAAUAUGGAACUUAAAAAUAAAGUACAAGAUUUGGAAAACCAACUGAGAAUAACUCAAGUAUCAACACCUCCACUGCUGCACAAUAUGUCUGAUCAUGAACAACAUGUGUUUCAGAGAUGCUCAUCCUCUUUCUGGCGUAGUAGUGGUGAUUCAUCUCCCUGUCUCAAUAUUUCUUCCAUCUCUGUCACUCCUGUCAACUCGCCUGAUUCCAGACUAUCACUGGGACUGUUAAUACCACCACCUUCUAAAUGUGGCUUUCCCAAGCCAGUCAGUGAGAGCAGCAUCCCAAGACCACAUGCAGGCAGUAUGACACCUAAGUCGCCCUCCACUGACAUCUUUGAUAUGAUUCCAUUUUCUCCAAUAUCACACCAGUCUUCGAUGCCUACUCGCAAUGGCACACAGCCACCUCCAGUACCUAGUAGAUCUACUGAGAUUAAACGGGACCUGUUUGGAGCAGAACCUUUUGACCCAUUUAACUGUGGAGCAGCAGAUUUCCCUCCAGAUAUUCAAUCAAAAUUAGAUGAGAUGCAGGAGGGGUUCAAAAUGGGACUAACUCUUGAAGGCACAGUAUUUUGUCUCGACCCAUUAGACAGUAGGUGCUGACAUCAAGAAAAAGAAAUCCUGAUUCAUGUUAAAUGUGUUUAUAUACACAUGUCACUUAUUAUUACUUUAAGAUAGGUAUUAUUCAUGUGCCAAUAUGUUUUUGAAUAUUUUAAUAUUUUGAAAAUUUUUGCAGUUAAAUUUCCUCACCUUCACUAUUGAUCUGUAAUUUUUAUUUUAAAAACAACUUACUGUAAAGUAGAUCAUACUUUUAUGUUCCUUUCUGUUUCGACUGUAGAUGAAUUUGUAAUUGGAAGACAUAUUAUAGAAAUACCUGCCUUGUGUCUGAGUUCUAUUUAGUUAGCAUCUUGAAACUUGUAUUCAUUUUCCAGAUGGCUAGUUUAUUAAUGAUUUCCCAAAAGCUAUACCUUAAAGAUAACUUUUUAAAUUCUGAAGAGAUAUGCCAAUGUCAAACUAAACAUGUUCUGUUUUCAAACCAACAAACAUGUUACUAUUCAUUAGACAGAUAUCAUUUUAUGUAUAAAUACUGUUCACAUCACUGGGAAAAUGUAAACUUUAAACAUAAUGCCACAAGGUCACUAAUUUCUAGCAGGUAAAAUUAUAAGGAUAUAAAUUCCAAUAAUAAACCAAAUGUAUUUAGAGUAUUAGUAAAUGCAAGGUGAUGUUAGUUAUGAUCAGUUAUACUCUAAAUAUUUAAUUUGUUUUAUAAAGAUAGUGAAAAAAUGAAAAUUUGCUAUUUAUUAAAAAAACAUUAAAUUUCAUUCCAAAUGAGAUAAGUUAUAUUACUAUAACAUCUAAGCAUCAUCUGAUUUGAUAUUCCCUAAAAAACAUUUGGAAUAUAUGCUAUCUGUAGAUUCAGUGUCUAUUACCCAUAUUUACUUUACCAAAUAUAUUUCUCCUCACUAUUACAUAAGGACUACUCUUCUCAUAUUUUCUUCUUUGAUGAAGAUAUUUUUCACCAAAGUUUAUUUUGUGAUGCCCCCUUGGUUUUGAUACUUUAAAAUCUGUGGCAACCGUUCUAUAUGAAUUAUCAAUAUUAUUUGGUAAAUUCAAUCUGUAUUUGUUUUGUUAAAGUCAAAAAUCUCAUUUUUCAAAAAAAAAAUCCAGUUACUGCUCAGUUUAGUCUUGAACAUGAGCAAUAAAAUUCUCUUGCAUUUCAUUCUUGAUAUGCUGAUGAACCUAGACUUUUAAAAAUAUUUGUCUUCUAUACCUUUACCCAUUACAUAACAGACUAAUUUGUACUCAGUAAAACAAAAAUUUAUGGUCAAAAUUUCUAACUUGGUUCAUCACAUUAUAAGAUAAAUAAAUUAAAUUAAUGAAAAUGUGACUUAGAUUAGGGGUGGCCCUCAAAAAUAGAUUUAUCAUUUACUCAUGGGAAUUUUCUUCAAGUGUUAAAGGUACAUUUUCACUAGAAAAAGAAAUCAAAUAUGCUUAUGCAAUAUAUAUUUGUGUGUUUUUCCUUAAUGUUAUAUGGUAUAUAUGAGCCUUCUUGUUUAGUUUCUUUGAUCUGCUAAGUUGUACCUGAAUUAGAGGGCAAUAUAUGUUUCAUAAAGAAGAGUCUUUAUAAUUUUGUUUGUCAGAUAGUAUUUUGGAAUUUGUAUAAUGAGGAUGUUUAGAAGCCAUAUAAGUGGCUUUUUUUAACAGAUAGAAUUUGUAUUUUUAUUGUACUUUAAAAAGAUUUAUGUAAUAGGUAUAUAUUUAGUGGCCAUUUAUUAUCAAUGGUAACACAAUAGAGUGCUAAGAUGGUAUUUGCACAUUUAAGAUAUGUUACUUUACCAAUUUUUAAUGGUAAUCAACUCUGCUACUGGCAUGAUGAAAUAGUACAUAACUGGUCAUUAAUUAUGAACAUUUAUUUCUCCAGUGUGUUUUUAUGAAGAUCUGGUUGAAAAUUGUAUUUCUAUGUAAACUCAAUGAUAUGUUUGGUUUUCCUGAAAAUAAAUGAUUUUAAAUAAA